AGUCUUUCUUAAUCUCUGUGCCGAGUAUUCAGUGGGCACAUGUCUAGAUUCUUCCCGGACUAUUCCUUCUAAUCUCCACAACUUCAGGAUCGCUAAAUUGGUACAAUGGCGUCAUCGUCGAGCGAUUUAGAGGAACUUGAGCACCGCAAAAGCAUGCUGGACGAAUCACUGGAGGAGAAACGAAGGAUGAUUAGGAAGAGAAGAAGGCAAAAACUACUUGAGGAGAUAGCGGAAAAGGAGAGGGAGAUACAGGAAAUCGAUGAGGCAAUGAUGAAUGAACAACAAGAACCACAACAGACUGUACAAAGCGAUUUACCCGGUAAGAAAUCAACGCCAUCAAAAAAAGCGAAAAAGUCGCACAAACUGCGAGAUAGAUCAAGAAAAACUGACAUGGAUAAACAGUCCUCAAUCAGUGGCAUGAAAAGUAAAAGAUUGUCCGCUGAACGAACGGACGAUAGGAAAAAAGACAAAUCGCAGAAAUCUGAGAGGAGCUCAUCACCGUCGAAGAAAAAGAAAACAUUAUAUUGGACUGAGAGAAAGAGAAGUCAAUCGACAUUUGAUGACUUCAGAGAAAGAAAGGACGGAACAGUGAAAAAACUUGCGGAAAACCUUGAAACACUACAUCAUAGAUUUGCCACGAAAACCGAGACACAAGAAGUGUCUUUACCAAGUAUAUAUUCGCCUGACCAAGUAAUUAAGGAGACAACCGAGGAGAAGAGAUCAAUACCGAGGAAACAACAAAAGCACUGUAGCCUAGGGACACCAACGCCCUAUAUACAAGAUACAAACACAUUGAAAUCAGCCUCGCUAAUAAUACAAAGAAUAAAUACAUCAUCUUCAAAGAUCUAUUCGAGCUCCGAAGAUAGUGACAUGAUAUAUAUAGCACCAACGGACACCCACAUACGAGAGGUAAAAGCCAGAAAUAUCAAGGACGAUAAAUUGAUGAAAUCAGCGCAAGUCAUAUUGCAGAGAUUCGUACAACGCGAACAGACGCCGAAGGAGAACGUUAUAAGAACACCAGUAAAGAAUGGACAUCACUGCGAAGAAUCAGAUAAAUCGGUAAAGAUCAUAAAGACAGUCAAGUCGCCGAGACCUACAAAGACACCAAAAAUAGUAAUAAAGAAAAAGUCCAAGUCCAAGUCCAAGUUUUCAGGAUCGCUCUCAUCAGACCAGGCAAUCGCGAAGAAGGCAAAGUGGCAGAGCGGAAAAUUGAUUAACAACAGACUAAAGAAAGUAGUAAUGAAGGAGGAAAAGUAUAUGAGACUUACACAGAAAGACAUUCGUAGCGUACAUCGUCAUAAAAAAGAUAGUAAUACAAGAAAAAUGUUGGGAACAAGGCGAAGGAAACAAAUUGGAAAGGAGAAACAACGCGAACAAGGCGAGAAAGUAGCGCACUUGAUAAAGAAAGAAAUGGUAAAAACAGAUGAAUAUCAUCAUUCAACUUUCUUUUUGUCGAAACUGUCGAAGUAACCUAAAAAUCGCGCGAACUGAAUAUCCUGUGCAUCUAUUUUUACUGUUAGGAGAUUUUAACCCUUUGCACUCGAGGGCUCCGCUCCGGAGCCCUCGAGUUUGAAGACAAAUUUUAAAUGGCUCCGCUCCGGAGCCCUCGAGUGCAAAGGGUUAACAAUAGGGAGUUUUUGCAAUACCGUCUUUCAGAUACAGUAAACACUAAAGUGCGUUUCGAGAUACACAGCCAGCACUGCAAAUCUACAGUUUAUGUCGUAUUCUAUAGAUUUGAAGUACUGGCAGUGAAUACUUGAACGUAUUUUAGCACUUUAGCGUCUACCGUAUCUGAAAGACAGUGUUACCAAACUCUAUAAAAGGCUAAAUGCAUAAUUUUUUUUACUCAAAACAUUCAAUUUCAGUUAAUAAAA